UUGUUGAUCUCUGUAUAAAUCCUUAACCAAACUGCCGCUAUUUGCUUCUCCCUCAAAAAUCAAAACCCCCUCUCUAUCUCUCUUUAUAACAAAUUCGAAGCAUUUAUGUACUUUAAAUUCCCUCAUCUUCUCUCUUUCUCUGCAACACAAGCGCUUUGUGAAAGGAAAUAACGCACCUCCAAUCCCUCUCUCUCUCUCUCUUCACUUUAUCAUAAACUAGCCCCAUUUGGUUUUGCUCCAUUCCAGCAAUGAGGCAAGAAGAAAAAUUUCUCAAGUCCAAUUCGUGGCCGAAAACGGUGGCCAGAAAAUGGUUGAAUAUAAAGGGUGGAUCGGAUGAGUUUGACUCUGAUUGUGACACAAAAGAUUUUCUGAAGAGGAGUUUGAAGAGUUGCUCCGAUGAUGGGUCAUCCGCCGUCGUGCCGGAGGAUUUGUCAGAGGAGUGGUUGAUGGAAACGAGCAACAAAAUUGAACGGCCUGGAUUUGACCAUCUUGUGCCACCUGUCUCUCCUGAUCUAGACCUCAGGAUGUUUGUUGGGACAUGGAAUGUAGGAGGCAAGACUCCAGAAGAUGAUUUAAAUCUAAAUGAUUGGUUAAAGACCAAAACAUCGGCUGAUAUUUAUGUACUCGGGUUCCAAGAGAUCGUACCUUUAAAUGCCGGUAACGUACUAGGCCAAGAGGACUAUAGUCCGGCUGCAAAGUGGCUUUCCCUAAUCCGCCACUCUCUGAAUGGUGAUUCUAUCGAUCAUAAGCAUCAACAAUCAAGAAUCAGCUCCUUUGAUUCUUCACUGCUUCAUGAUGAUUAUUUUGGAGACAUUUUGAGCUUGAGUUCAAGUUCAAAUUUAAGUUCGAGUGUAGACGAUUCAUCUAGUCCAAUUAGUGGAACACAAAAUAAGUAUUGUUUGGCAGCGAGCAAGCAGAUGGUUGGCCUGCUUUUGUGCGUGUGGGUUCGUGAAGAGUUGUAUCACCACAUUACUAGUCUGAAGGUUUCAUGCGUUGGGACCGGCAUCAUGGGAUACCUAGGAAAUAAGGGCUCAAUAUCUAUCAGUAUGACGAUGCAACAAAAGACAUUUUGCUUCGUGUGUACUCAUCUUGCAUCCGGACAGAAAGAGGGAGCUGAAACUAGAAGAAAUUUGGAUGUUGUGGAGAUUUUGAAGAGAACGAGAUUCUCACAUUCGGGAAGAAGCCCAAGACGACCAUUUACCUCUUAUAACAUUUUAGAUCACGAUAAGAUAAUUUGGCUGGGGGACUUGAAUUAUCGGCUUGCAUCUAUAUGUGGUGAAACAUACGAACAACUCGAAAGAAAUGACUGGCAAGCACUUCUUGAGAAAGAUCAGUUGAGAUUAGAACAAAAGGCGGGACGAGUAUUUCAAGGGUGGGAAGAAGGGGACAUAUAUUUUGGUCCAACCUAUAAGUAUAUCACAAAUUCAGACAUUUACGCUUACAAAACCUCUUCCACCAAAGAGAAGCGUCGAACCCCUGCCUGGUGUGAUAGAAUAUUGUGGAAAGGCAAAGGCCUCAAACAAGAGUGCUAUUUUAGGAGAGAAUCAAGAUUUUCAGACCACAGGCCAGUCUACUCGGUGUUCACUGUCACAGCUAGCAACCAAUAGCAUUUCUGGCAUACGGGCACAUGGAGCUGCGGUGUUUGAUGUUCAUACACGGCGGAGAGAUGUAUCAUAGGACACUGCUUACUCCGCUCCUGCAGUGUGGUUAUUGCUAGGAGAGGUGCCAUUGGUGUUUUUUUGGGUUAUUUAUUUCCCUUGAUAAAAAUGAGAAGAAAGGAAUGUAAUUUUUGUAAGAAAAAUGAUGUGUAGAGAUUUUUUUAACUGCGGUAAACUGCUCUCCCUUGUUUUUGAGGAAUGUAAUCUUUGUAAAUAGUGAGCAUUUACAUCAGUCAUGCUUUUGUUACGGUA